AUGAUUUCUUAUCAAUUUCUAGUCUUCUCCCUUCUCAUCGGGGUGACUGUGGCUUCCGGAGCAACUUGCGAUGAUCGCGGAACUCCGCAAUACUGUCAGGACAACAAGGAAUUCUGUGAUGAUCCAUUUGGAUCUGAUACUAGAUAUUACUGCAAGAAAACAUGUGGACUCUGUUCUGGUUCAACAACUGCCCCAGGAAAAAUCUUAUGGAUUGUACUCGAUUGGGAGGUUCUUACGACGAACCAUACCAUCUCCCUGGAACCAUUCACGACGGAAUUGCUUGGCAGCUCCAUCUGGAGUGUUGGUCCAUUCAAUGGUGAUACGGUCGUUGUUGUUACCUCUUGUCCAAAAGCGAAAGCAUCGCAUGAAACGGCAAGAAGGACAGCCUCCUUUGGGUCGAGAACUCCACAUGGUGGAUCGACUCCGAGACGUUUCAUGUUGGUUGUCUUGAUACCGUAUCCAAUACGACGAGCCGAUGAGUUGAUCACCUUGAUGUGUUACUGCCGGAAAACCUGUGGUCUCUGCAAGGAUCCAAAUGUCGCGUAUACCACUAAGGAACCACUACCAGUGCCUAUCAAAAGAACAACCAAAAUAGUUUGUAAGGAUGACAGUGGCACUGAAAAUUGUGAGAAGAAGAAGCAUUUGUGCACCAAUCCAGUUUUCCCGGAAUACAAAGAAUCCUGCCUCAAAACGUGUGGUCUUUGCAUCGAUCCAGCCGAUCUUCCAACCACAAUUCCUUCUUGUCAGGACAAGAGUACUGGUUGUGCCGAGAAGAAGUACUUGUGUACUAAUGCUUUUUUCUCUGACUUCAAGUAG